ACCCGCCGUCCUGGGCUUCGCAGUCUUUCAAAACAGACGCGUGGGGAAAGGGGGCUGGCAGUUUUAUUUUGAAACCAGCGCGAUCGAACUGUAAAACCUAAAUCUGUGCUUAGCAGGCGGGUAACGUUCAGGAACGGGGCCUUGUGAUUGUAAUGUGAAGGGCGGGGGUGGAAUAGGAAGGGAGAGCUGUCACCCUGCAAACCUCUCUCUCUCUCUGGUGAGGGAGCUCCGCCCAGGCCCUGUGGGGAAAGCUCGGCCUGUAUGGCGCGUGCGCAUGGUGCGCUGAUUCGUGAAUGAGGCUCGAGCUGGGCUGGGUGUCGCGCGCAGCGGGCUGACGUCACGGGAGAGGAAGCUGAGUCAGUGAAUGGAGCUUUGAGCACGCCUUUCCCUGCCAGCCCUGAGUUUGAGAAUGGAGACACUCAGGAGUAGUCUGCAGGCACUCCGAGGCAGGCAUUCCGCGGCUUCAGAAACUGUCAGGCUGAGAAAGAGAAAAUCGACGCUGUACAGCAAAGAGCGCUGCAACACGGAGCUGGGGACAGGAUUAUUGGGUCCAAACAUCUAUCUAAUUAUGUUCACUGUAGCUUUGAGGAUGGUGAACUGCUUUCUGGUCCAAACGAGUUUCGUUCCUGAUGAGUAUUGGCAGUCACUCGAAGUCGCACAUAAUAUGGUCUUCAAAUAUGGUUAUUUAACCUGGGAAUGGAAAGAAAGACUUCGAGGUUACAUCUAUCCAUUGUUCUUUGCAAGCUUUUAUAAAUUGUUGCAAAUAUUCAAGAAGGAUACUGUUCAAUUGCUGAUCUGGGUUCCUCGAUUAGUGCAGUCUUUUCUGGCAGCACUUGCAGAUGUAAAACUAUACUCUAUGAUGAAAAAACAGGAGAGCGCAGAAAUUGCAAAAUGGGUGUAUUUUUCCCAACUGUGUUCCUGGUUCACCUGGUAUUGCAGUACCCGGACAAUUACGAAUAGUAUGGAAGCUGUUCUAACCAGCUUUACACUUUAUUACUACCCUUUUCAGGGUACAAAGACUGGGAGUAGUUCGAAAUAUCUGGCUUUGACUGCUUUUGCAGUUGUUGUGCGCCCCACCGCUGUCAUUCUUUGGCUGCCUCUGCUAUUUUUUCAUUUCUGGCAGGAACAGAAGAAACUGGAUCUACUCUUGUACAAAUGUCUACCAGUUGGCUGCUUAACACUAGGGAUUUCUCUGAUGAUUGACCGAAUAUUUUACGGUGAGUGGGUUAUGGUUCAAUGGAAUUUCCUCAGAUUUAACGUGAUUCAGAACAUGGGAUCAUUCUACGGCUCACACUCAUGGCACUGGUACUUCACACAGGGAUUUCCUGUGAUUUUGGGAACUCAUUUUCCCUUCUUCAUUCAUGGAUGCCUGUUGGUGCCUAAGAAGUACAGCGUUUUGCUAAUCGCAGUGAUAUGGACCCUCGUGGUGUAUAGUUUCUUAAGCCACAAGGAAUUCAGAUUUAUUUAUCCAGUAAUGCCUCUUUGCAUGGUGUUUUGUGGCUACUCAUUGGCUAAUUUGAAAACAUGGAAGAAGCCGGCAGUCUGUUUCCUGUUUUUUUCUAAUAUGUGUCUAGUUCUAUAUACUGGAUUAAUUCACCAACGUGGAACAUUGGAUGUAAUGCAGCACAUUCAACAGCUCUGUAAGGACACACUGCCAGAGGGAGAAGAGCCCUCUUUGCUCUUCCUGAUGCCUUGUCAUUCAACACCAUUUUACAGCCACGUUCAUUGCCCAAUAAAAAUGCACUUUCUGGAAUGUCCUCCAGAUCUGACUGGAAAUAACAGUUAUGUUGAUGAAGCUGAAAUGUUUUUUGAGGAACCACUGAAGUGGCUGAACAUAAGAUUUUCUGGUCAAGCCUCCCUUCCUACUCACCUAGUACUUUAUAAUGUAAUGGAACAGAAAAUAGAGCCAUUUCUGAAGACCAGAAACUAUGUGAAAACUGCAACAUUUUUUCAUACUCAUGUGCCAGAUGGUCGGAUUGGAAGUCACAUUCAUCUUUAUGAAAGAAAGAUAAUGGAUAAUAGAUGAUGAAUGAUCGAUGAGGUUUUUUUUACAUUUUAAACUUGUGUGUAAAUGUUUCUACUAUCUGAACUAUUUUUAUAAAUGCGUUCCUUCCCUCCGAAA